ACAACUACGUCUUGAAGACAAACAAGAAAACAAAAAAGAAUUAAAUGGGGAAUUGUUUAAGGCACGAAUCAGAAAUGCACUGGGCUGGUGAAGACUGGGAUGAAUUCAUCCCUGAAUAUCAUCAUCAUCAUGGCUCUAAAAGUACUUCUAGAGAGGAGGCUCAUCAAAAAGUGAUUGUUACACGAGACUGUAAAUCCUCUGACCCAUCUGAUGUUCAUGAGAUGAUCAAGAUUAGGCUCACCAAGAAGCAGCUUCAAGAUUUACUGAAUAAAGUCAACGUCCAUGACUUCUCUUGUCCGAGCCAGAUCAAUCGUGGUGGUUACGACGAAGAAGGCAAUCAGCAAGGAUUAUGGACACCAGUUCUGCAGAGCAUACCAGAAGCUAAUUAAUUGGGAUCAUGUUUCAGACGUUGUAUAUAUUCUUAGGUGUUUCGUCACGUGUUAUUAGGGUUAUGAGUUAUGACUUUAAUGUAAAGUUUGGUUGUUGUUUUUUUGGGGUACUACUCAUAACACUUUUCUUCUUUUGCUUGUUAGAUUGUACAUAUAAGCAUAAAUCAGAAUCAAAAGCUUGUCGCUCA